GGAACAUUUGAACACCUUGCUGCAAGAGAGAGCUAUUCAUUCAGGUACAUUCUUCGGCCGGCCAAACACCACGGCUGAACUUCUUUUUGAUAUCCCAAUUCUACCGACGAACUCGAGCUUCCCCAACUCCGAAGCAGCCCGAUUACCAUUACCUCAGUUGUCUCGGCCCUCUCAACUUCUUAUCGUCUCAGGAAACCCUGAAAAGCCUGGGACAUUCUACAGCUCCGAUGCGGCGGCAGGCCACCCUUCUAGUGCUGCUACUCUCGGUCCUCGAACUCACGACCGCAGUUAAGCAUGGCGACUUCAAGACGUGUUUACAAUCAGGAUUCUGCCAGAGAAACCGCGCUCUCGCAGACGAAGCGUCGGCCGCGGGCCCGUCGUGGGCAUCGCCAUACGAGCUCGAGGCGGAUAGUGUCAAACUCGCAGAUGGCGUGUUGACGGGAAAACUGUGGAAAUCUGUGGGCGAGAAGGAUGGUGGGAAGGUCGAAUUGCCGCUUACUAUCUCGUUCUUGGAAGACGGCGUUGCACGAGUCUCGGUCGAUGAAGCGAAGCGUCAGAAAGGGGAGAUUGAGCUGCGGGGUGGGAGUAAGGCGAGGAAAGAACGUUACAAUGAGGCUGAGAAGUGGGUGCUGGUCGGCGGGAAGAAUGUAUUUGCCAAGGCCGAGCUCGAUACGAAGGGAACGGAGAGUACGGUUACCUACGGUUUUGGCGAUUUUCGGGCAAUUAUCGAGCAUAAGCCGUUCAAGCUUACUUUCCUGAGGAACGGCGAACCUUAUAUUGUGCUCAAUGGGCGUAACCUCAUGAAUGUUGAGCACUGGAGGCCCCAGAGGGAGAAGGUGGAAGGAGAGAAUGGGGAGGACGACAGCACCUGGUGGGAUGAGACCUUCGGUGGCAACACCGACUCUAAGCCCCGAGGUCCCGAGUCCGUCGGGUUGGAUAUUACCUUCCCUGGUUACGAGCACGUGUACGGCAUUCCCGAGCACGCCUCUAGUCUUGCUCUCAAGGAGACCCGUGGCGGCGAAGGCAACUAUGAUGAACCAUACCGGCUGUACAAUGCAGACGUCUUCGAGUACGAGACCAAUUCGCCGAUGACCCUCUACGGAUCCAUUCCGUUCAUGCAGGCGCAGAAGAAGGGCUCUACCGUCGGAGUAUUCUGGCUCAACGCUGCCGAAACUUGGAUCGAUAUCACCAAGAGCCACCCGAAUCCCAAAGCCCUGUCUACCGAGAAACGCAGUACCCACACUCAUUGGUUUUCCGAGGGUGGCCUUCUUGAUGUGUUCGUUUUGCCAGGCCCAACUGCUGGAUACUUGUACGAGCAGUACGGUGCACUCACCGGAUACACUACUCUUCCACCUGUCUUCUCCCUUGCCUACCACCAGUGUAGAUGGAAUUAUGUCUCGCAAGACGAUGUUAAGGACGUGGAUCGGAAGUUUGACAAGUUUGAUAUUCCCUAUGAUGUCAUCUGGCUGGAUAUCGAAUACACCGACGGCAAGAAGUACUUCACUUGGGAUCCCUUGACCUUCAGCGACCCCGUUUCGAUGCAGGACCAGUUGGCCAAGAGGGAACGAAAGCUUGUCGCCAUCAUCGAUCCUCAUAUCAAGAAUGAGAAGGGGUACGAGGUCAGCAAGCAGAUGGACGAACAGGGAUUGGCUGUAAAAGACAAGAACGGCGACAAAUCCUACGAUGGAUGGUGUUGGCCUGGAUCUUCCCACUGGAUCGAUGGCUUCAACCCGGCAGCUGUCAAGUGGUGGAAGAAUCUUUUCAACCUCAAGGUGUUCCCUUAUGCGACCAAGAACAUGCACAUCUGGAACGACAUGAACGAGCCUUCCGUUUUCAACGGACCAGAAACCACCAUGCCCAAGGACAACCUCCACCACGAGAACUGGGAGCACCGCGAUGUCCACAAUCUUUACGGACUGCGCUACCAUAAUGCUACCUAUGAGGGAAUGGUCGAGCGGGAGGGCAAGGGGAACGAGAAGAGACCUUUCGUCCUGACUCGCAGUUUCUUCGCCGGAAGCCAGAGGAGUGCUGCCAUGUGGACCGGUGACAACUUGGCCGACUGGAGCCACCUUGCGCAAGCCUUCCCCAUGAUUCUGAACCAGGGUAUCGCCGGCAUGCCUUUCGCUGGAGCGGAUGUUGGUGGCUUCUUCGGCAACCCCUCAAAGGAGCUGUUCACCAGGUGGUACCAGUCCGGGGCAUUCUACCCAUUCUUCCGUGGCCACGCCCACAUCGACGCCAAGCGCAGGGAGCCCUACCUCAUGGACGAGCCCUACCGCUCCAUUGUCCGCUCGGCCAUCCAGCUGAGGUACUCUCUUCUGCCGGUUUGGUACACUGCAUUCCACCGUGCCAGUUUCGAAGGAAUGCCAGUCGUCCGCCCCCACUUCGUCAUGUUCCCUGAUGACGAAGCUGGUUUCGCAAUCGACGACCAGCUAUUCCUCGGUGACUCGGGGCUUCUCGUAAAGCCCGUUGUCAAUGAGGGUGCCCAGUCGGUUGACAUUUACCUUCCCGACAAUGAGCCGUACUAUGAUUACUUCAACCAAACCCUGUACCAGGGCAAAGGCUACAAGACUGUCCCUGCGCCGUUGGAUACUAUCCCGCUCUUGAUGAGGGGUGGACACAUCAUCCCAAGGAAGGAUAGGCACAGGCGGAGCUCUAGCCUGAUGAAAUUCGAUCCUUACACGCUCGUGAUCAACCUCAAUCUCCAGGGUGUUGCCGGUGGUGUUCUCUACAUCGAUGACGGCGAGACGUUUGCGGACAGGGACGGUGCGUAUAUCCACCGCUCCUUCAUCUUCAACGGGCAGUCUCUGGCAUGCGGCAAUCUCCACCUUGACCCAUCCAAGGCUGCGGCUUUUGAGACCACCAUGAAGGAUGUCCGCGUAGAGAAGGUUAUGAUCGUUGGUGUCAGCGAUGAAUGGCUGGCAAAGAAGAAUGUCACGGUCGAGGUGGAUGGCAAGACUUGGGAGGCGGAUGUCGCCGUCAUCAAGGGCAAAGACGGGAAGGCCAAUGUGGCGACCGUUAGAGAUCCCAGGGCUCCCAUCACCCAGGAUUGGAGGAUUGAGUUUUAGACGGGGCAGUGGCUCAGCGGGUUGUGUUGUUUGCGAUGUAAUUUUGAUACCUGUGUUAUUGUUUUGCCUGCACAGCAAGAGCGAAGGAUACCAGAUGAUUGUGGAGAAGUCGCGAGUAGUUUGUAGACCUUGAUAUUUCGGAGC